AUGAUCGAUCUUACGGGCUCGCCAUCGCCAUCUCUUGAGGCUCGGCUUCGUCCCCGGGCCUCUACAUCAGAUAGACCUAUGCGGAGCCUGGCUCGCCAGGCAGAGAUUGCCGCUGCUUCGCGCGUGGCAGAAUCUCAUUUGGCAGAGACUAGGCUGGGAGAGCCUACGAGCAUGGAACUUGUCUCUGGCAUCGACUCCGCCCCGCAGGAAAAACAUCAGACGCACCAAUGUUCGGAGACGGCGCUCACCACACCCUGCAACCGCAGAGACAUCUCAUCUAACCUGCGUGUCCGCGCCCCAGCACGACUCCCCGGAAAAGCAUUCAAAACACCACCCCUUCUCGGAGAGUCGACGCGACGCGAAGACAACCCCGGCCCACACGGCAGAGGUGACGACCAGAACCAACCAACCAACCAGACAGACAGACAGACAGAGACAGAGACCACCUCGCAGGACAGAGAAAGCGGCGAGCGAGCGUCUCAGAACCGAAGAACCCAAGUAGAGCGAGCUAACUCUACUUCUACUCUCCAAGCCGAAUCUGGAACGGGAACGGGCAUGUCGGACGGAGCAGUUGAGCAGUAUCGCGGCCUCCCGCAAGGUAGAGAAGAAGAUGGAGGAGGACUUCCUGGCACUCUUACCCCCCCCCCCCCGUGCAUGUUUAUUGCUUGGCGUGAGCUGGCUGUACACCUGUACACUGGGCGAAUGGAGAAGGAGAGAAUCGUCGACAGCUCUCGCAAGACAGAUUCGAGUUACGAGUUACGAGAGGCGAAUGAUCAGCUAUGGGCCAAAUUCAAAUUAUGCACACGUGUAUCCCGCCACACUGUUAUUAGCUUUACUGUAUUAUGA